AUGAUAGCUAUCAACAGAACCAAUUUUCAUCCGACCAGCUUUUUUCUCCUUGGAAUCCCAGGACUAGAGGCUGCUCACAUCUGGAUAUCUAUUCCUUUCUGCCUGGUGUAUAUAUUGGCUGUGGUGGGGAACUGUACCCUUCUUUUCAUUAUUAAAACUGAUCCUAGCCUGCAUGAACCUAUGUUUCUAUUCCUUUCCAUGCUCUCUGUGGCAGAUUUGAUGCUUACAACCACCACCAUGCCAAAAAUGCUCAGUCUCUUCUGGUUUAAUGAUGGAGAAAUUCGUUUUGAAGCCUGCCUCACCCAAGUAUUUCUCAUACAUGCUCUGUCCAAUAUGGAAUCUGGGAUCAUAUUGGCCAUGGCUUUUGACCGCUAUGUGGCUAUAUGCAACCCACUUAGACAUUCAACCAUUUUGACCAUUACUGUUAUUCAGGUCCUAGGACUGGCUAUCCUUCUCCGUGGAAUUGUGCUGCUCGGUCCUCAUCCAUUCAUGCUUAGGUGGCUUCCCUACUGUAGGACUAAUAUCAUCCCUCACACCUACUGUGAGUUCAUGGGAUUGAUUAAGCUGGCCUGUGCCCCAACCAAGAUCCCUAGAGCUUACAGUCUAUUUGUUGCUUUCAUUACAGGUGGGCUAGACUUCAUACUGAUUAUCUGUUCCUAUGUCCUCAUUCUCCGUACUGUGUUUCAUCUACCUUCCAGUGAAGCCAGAAUUAAGACAUUAAGCACCUGUGGCUCUCAUGUGUGGGUCAUAUUGAUUUCUUAUACCCCUGCCUACUUUUCCUUUCUCACUCAUAGGUUUGGACACCAUAUCGCUCCUUCUAUUCAUAUUUUUGUGGCCAAUAUCUAUGUCCUUGUUCCACCCAUGGUGAACCCCAUCAUCUAUGGGGUCAAAACUAAACAGAUACGGGAGAGGUUUCUCAAAUUUUUCACAGGUUAA